AUGCUGCGCACUCUCGGUCAGAAGUUGGGGGAUCAUCAGCUGGUCCUCCUCAGCCGGCGCAUGGACGGGAUGUUGCGCACCGAAUCCGGGGCCGAUGUCUUCUCCAAGAUCAAGACUAUGAUCACGGACAUGAUCACCACCAUGAAGGAGAACUUGCAGGCGGAGGCUACCAAGAAGGCCUACUGUGACAAGGAGAUGGGUGAGGCUGCAGAGAAGAAGGCCGGCAAAGAGGCAGACCUUGACGAUGUGAGCACCAAGAUCGAUGCCACGGCCUCGAAAUCCGCAUCGCUGAAGCUUGGCCCGCAACAACAAGUCCUACCCCCGGAGCCGAAUGGCCAAGCUGGAAAGCUUGAGCUCUUUGUGGAGCUUAAGGCAGGCGGAUAUCUUGCACGCUUCACGCCUGCACUGCGGCUUCAGUACCGCACCCCCGCACUCCUUGUGGGGAGUGGGCAAAUCGCCUUUGCAUUCAACGGCCGCCGGCUGGGCGCAACGGUGGUGGCCGUGGUCCGCGCUGUGACCUGCGCCACCAAGUCCUUUGCCGCCCCGCGUCGCGACGGCAUCGUGCUAACUUGCGGCGGCGCAGGCCCAUGGCUGCAGGUGGUGGCCAUUAAGUCUGAGCUGACCACGCUGGCGGAGACCCAGGCAAACAUGACUGCGCUGCGCCAGGAGGAGCCGGAGACCGUGACCGGCAUGGAGGGAGUGAAGUCCGCGCUGAAGACCCUGCGCGACUUCUACAAGAGCCCAGCGCCAAUUAAUGAUUGUGCCUUCGACUUGAGCGAUGCCGGCUUCAUUUGUAAUAUGAGCUCCGGCAUCAAGGUCACCAGUGGCGAGCGUGAGGGUGCCGCCGGUGGCGUGAUCGGACGUCUUGAGGAUGUCGAG